UUCCGAAAGUAUUUGCAUUGGGGGAAGGAAGGAGGCACAGCUCCUACGAGCCGAGACUCCUGUCCCUUGAUGCCGCCGAGACUCCCAAGUUUCACGUUUCCAAAAUAGAUUUGCUUUGCACUGAGGGAAGUAAGAAGGCACGGCUCGGACGACCUCACCGCCUUGGCUCCGACCAUCUGACGCCGAGCCUUCAAUCACCUGACGCCGCCGAGGCUCUCAAGUUUCACGUUUCCAAAACAGAUUUUCUUUGCACUGGGUGAAGUAAGGAGGCACAGUUCCAACUAUUCAACGACUUCAAGCUGCCGAGGCUCGACCACCUGACGCUUCUCAAAUGGCAGUUAAGUUUCACGUUGUGUCUGCUUUACUUUUGAGACACCGCUUUUAUUGUUCCUCUUCAUGUGUCUCCAGCUCUCAUUAUUUAACUCACUUUCUGCCUAUUGGAACUUCUAAUUUCAACCCUUUAAAUAUAAUUAGUCCAAGAGAACGUAGAAUUGUGGUUGUGGGCUUAUCUACUAUCAUUAAAAAUAACAAUGCUUUUGUGCUCAAGGCCUUCUCUCUUCGAUUUUGUCCCUUCUUCUUGGUUAAGAUUAUGAAGUUGUUAGACAGACGGGAUGCUGCGUUUGCAUUCUUUAAAAUAGCGUUCGGUGAUGCACGUGACUCCGAGAAGGAUAUCGUUCACUUAAGUUGCAUCGCAGCGCAUGUUUUGGCAGCCCAGAAGCUUCAACUGCUUGCGCAGGACGUGGUUUCUUGGGUUUUUGCUAGAGUUGGAGCUAGUGGAAGCAAGGAACUGGUAGACCUCAUGUGGAGGAAUCAUUCUACGUAUGAGUCUGAUUUUUCUGUGUUAAAUACCCUUAUGCGUGGGUUUUUGAAUGUAGGGAUGAGUUUUGAGGCAUUUCAGGUUUUACAUAGGAUGAGGAUUGUAGGAGUGAGACCUAGUUUAUCUUCGGUUACCAUUCUUGUAAGGUUGCUAAUUAAGGUUGGUGACUAUGGUAGUGUGUGGAAGUUGUUCAAGGAUAUGCUUGGUGUAGGGCCUUGGCCUUCGAAUAUUACAUUUAAUACAAUGAUUUGUGGAUUUUGUAGACAGCAGAAGCUUGUAAUAGCAGAAAGUUUGUUUCAUUUGAUGCCCAAGUUUAUGUGCAGUCCUGAUGUUUUUUCUUAUAACAUUCUUAUUAAUGCUUACUGUGUUAAGGGAAAGACUUCAGUUGCUAUUGAUUGGCUGCAUUUGAUGAUAAAAGACGGUUGUGAGCCGAACAUUGCCACGUUUAAUACCAUUAUGCAUGCUAUGUGCAGGGAAGGAAAUGUGGUGGAAGCACGGAAUCUCUUUGAUGGAAUUCAAGAUAUGGGAAUCACUCCGAAUGCUGCAAUAUACAAUACGCUGAUGGAUGGAUAUGUCAAGGCAAGAGAGAUUGGUCAAGCUAGCAUGCUUUAUGAAGAAAUGAGGACUAAGGGAAUUUCUCCUGAUUGUGUGACCUUCAAUAUUUUGGUUGGGGGGCAUUAUAAAUAUGGGAGGAAAGAGGAUUGGAACAAGAUGUUGAAAGAGUCAAUAGUAUUGGGAUUUUUUCAGGAUAGUUCACUGUAUGAUGUAACAGUAUCAUGGCUAUGUUGGGCUGGCAGACUUGACGAGGCCAUGAAAUUAUUACAAGUAUUGCUUGAAAAGGGACUAACUCUUAGUAUUGUUGCUUUUAACUCAUUAAUAGGAGCCUAUAGCAGGGCAGGUUUAGAAGACAGAGCUUUUGAAGCCUAUCUUAUUAUGGUUAAAUGCGGUUUCGCUCCUUCAUCGUCAACAUGUAAUUCUUUGCUUAUGGGUUUGUGUAGGAAAGGGAGGCUGCAAGAAGCUAGAAUACUUUUGUAUAAGAUGUUAGAGAAGGGGUUUCCCAUCAACAAAGUGGCUUAUACUAUGAUUUUAGAUGGAUAUUUCAAGAUGAAUGAUCUGAAUGAGGCUCAAUUUUUUUGGAAGGAAAUGAGAGAAAGAGGUAUGUAUCCAGAUGUUGUUGCCUUUGCUGCAUUAAUAGAUGGACUUUCAAAAGCGGGUAAUGUUGGGGAGGCAUAUGAAGUGUUCUUAGAAAUGUCAGCUAUAGGUGUUGUUCCUAAUUAUUUUGCUUACAAUUCUUUAAUUCAUGGAUUCUGCAUUUGUGGGAGGAUGACUGAAGCAUUAAAAUUGAAGGAAGAGAUGAGGCAAAAAGGACUUCUUCCUGACGUCUUCACCUUUAAUAUCAUCAUUGAUGGGUUUUGUCGACAGGGAAAAAUGAAGCCUGCAAUUGAUACAUUUCUUGACAUGCACAGGAUUGGUUUGGUGCCUGAUGUUUUCACAUUUAAUGUAUUAAUUGGAGGAUACUGUAAGGCAUUUGACAUGGUUGGUGCAGGUGAGAUAGUUAAUAAAAUGUACACAUUUGGGAUUGAACCAGACAUCACUACCUAUAAUAUACACAUGCAUGGUUACUGCAGUAACCGAAAAAUAAAUCAAGCAAUUAUCAUUUUGGAUCAACUCAUCUCUUCUGGUAUUGUUCCAGACACAGUGACAUACAAUACUCUGAUGACUGGUAUUUGUAGUGAUAUAUUGGAUCGUGCUAUGAUUCUUACUGCAAAAUUACUUAAGAUGGGUUUUGUGCCAAAUGUGGUUACAAUCAAUAUAUUGUUGUCUCAGUUAUGCAAGCAGGGGAUGCCAGAGAAGGCCUUACUAUGGGGUCAAAAGUUUAGGAAAAUAUGCUUUGGUUUUGAUGAAAUCUCCUACAAAAUAUUGGACCAAGCUUGCCGUUUGAUACAGGAUGAUGUGGAAAUUGUGAAAGGAACAUGUGAAAAGGGCCUUUUUUUGGAUUUCUUAAUGUACAUUACAUUUGACUAUUUUUCAAAAAAUAAACGUCACAAGAUAGAAAAUGAGAAUAGUGUAAAGUUGAUUGAAAGUCUAUUCAUUUCUUUGUCAACUUGAAUGUUUCAUCUUAUUGUAAUUCUUAAAAUCUGCCACAAUAUUGUUGAAUGAGAACAAUAGGUUGCAAUAUGAUAACUCAGUCAUAACACUGUUAGUAGUGACCUUCAGGAAGCUGUUGAGGAGGAUUAUGAGGUUGGACAGUAACCAAAAAAAUCCAAUGCUUAAUCAAAUCAGGUUUAAUAAGGAAAUAAAACAGUGAAAAUCGAAAGCAAAUCUUGCUUAUUUUCUGCUGUUUCUCCAGCAAUCUUUUCUAGAUUUAUGAUUCUCUUAGGAGUUUCUCUGCUCAACUACUUGCAAAUGCACAAACAGCUGCUGAAAAUAACAAGCAGAAACAGGCUUGUGCUAAUGUAGCUGGGCCUCCUGCUGUUGCUGAUGGAGUGGCUAAAAAGGCACCACCUUCCUAAUUGGGCCAGAGAAGGUCAAUGUGAAACCAAAGCCAAAGCAUGAUGAAGUCACACACUCUUACUUCUGUGCUUAUAGGUAGAAGCAAGGCAACAUGUGGUAUAACUAACAGGCCUAAGGAGCAUAUUGUUAACAUUGAUUCUGGUGACGUUGACAAUGAACUUGCUGCUGUUGAGCAUACGCAAAGAAGAUUCCCUCAGAUUGUAUUGUUGACUUAUAGUCCAUUGCUGCAUCAUGCAAGGGAUAUGUUUGAUGUGGAGGCUUUAUGUCGUGAAGCUGCCAUGUUUGCAAUUAAAAGGUCCUCUAAUAUCAAUGGAGACGCAAGUAAAUUUAGUUUCACAAUGGAAGAUUGGAAUAAUGCAAGGUCUGUUGUUGGUCCAAGUAUGACAAGAGGUGUUGCUGUGGAAAUCCCCAAAGUGACUUGGGAAGACAUUGGAGGGUUAAAAGAACUGUAGGCAAAGUUUAGAGGCAGCUAAGUUUGUGAAAGACAACCUAACACCCCUAUUCUUCCAUUCUACGUGAAGAUAUAGAGAAUAAACCAAAAUUCAGUUCAAAAGUUGCACCAAGGAAGGAAAAGGUGCAAUUUGAAGGGUUUGAGUUACAUGGGUCACUGUGAGAAGCCCAUCACUAAGGUGGAGCCCUUUCUAGUUGGAGGACAUGGAAGUUGAUCUAGUGAGUUGGACAAAUAAGGGUGAUUUUGCAUCAAACAGAAAUGAGGACCCCGAUGCAACUGAAUAUUCAAGUUCGUUUGCUGACACUACAUCUGAUGCUGAAAAUUGUUCUAUAUUGAGUGAUGCUGAGGUGGAGUCAGAAUUCUUGGGUGAUAAUGCCUUGGGAGGAACCUUUGAUACUUCUCGAUCUACAUUUCCACUCAGGAGUGGGGAUGGGGGACACUUGAAGUUAGUUGUGGUUGCAUUGACUUAGGAAUUGAGAUUGCACAUUGUUAACAACUAAAUUUCCUAAAGGUUUACACAAUAAGGUGAUCGGAAGCUCAACUAUGGUUAUAUAUUUAUAAUAAAUGUAUUGGGGAAGCUCAUAUUUGAUUGGUUUAUUACUUGUCAUGUUACCGAAAGCUGUAGAUAAAUUUAAAAUAAUUUUGAUAUUUUAUGUCAUUAACGUUUGAUUGUAAAUUACUAGAAAUGAAGCUCAAGUGUUGUGAUGCUGUAGUAUUUCACAUUAUCAUAAUUGAAAAAAUUUGGGUUGUC